GUAAAUUCAAAGAGUUAAGAGCAACCUACUCACUUCAUUAUUUACAUUUUCAGCGUCAGUUUUUCUUUACUAGUGUUCCAUUUAGUAAACAUUAUUAUUCUUAACACCAUAUAAAAAUAUGGCAAAGCAGUCGGAAUUAAAUCAAGAAAAUUACAAUGAGUUUGAAUUUGAUUAUUUGAAAGUUAAAAAACUUUCAAGCGACGUGUUUAAUACCAUCGCAGUGGAGAUGCCAAAGGACUGGAUAAAAUUUGCUCGUUUCUUAGGCAUCAGUAACGAAGAAAUAGAUAGAGUUUUACAUGAUUACAAAACAACUCGAGAGCAAGUUUUUGAAAUUUUAAGUGGUUGGUGUAAAAAUAACCCCAAUAAAACAUGGAGCGAUUUAAAAUUGGCAUUACAACAAUGUAAAAGAAAUGAUGUCAUCAUUAAUUGCGAAAAAAAAAUAACUAUGCGUUCGAUAUUUGGUAUUCAACCCUCAACUGAAAUGCUAUUUUUACGUGAAAAAGAACUUUGUAAAAUUCAUUCUUAUUUUAUCAACAUGCAAGAAUCAAAAAGGUCAACGUUGGUAAUGUAUGGAAUGUCUGGUGUCGGAAAAACACAACUUGCAAGAAAAUAUUGUGAACUUUAUCAUCAAUGUUAUAAAAAUAUUGUUUGGAUAGAUGCAGCAUUUGGAAAGAUAGAUACUUCAAUUAUAAACAUUGGUCAAAAGAUAGGGUUUAUUAAUCGAGAUUUAAAUGGUAAUUAUAACGAUGUAGAAAUAAUUGUUGAAAAAAUUCACAAUUUUUUUAAAAAUGAAAUGACUUUGUAUAUUUUUGACAAUGUCGACGAUGAAAGUGUUCGAAAUUUGGAGAAAUACAUUUCAAAGAAGUUGAAUUCGUUUACUUUAGUGACAUCUCAAUGGAGAAAAUGGUCAAAUAAUGUUAAUCAAAUGCCUAUCGAUGUUUUCUCCACAGAAGAAGCUUUUGCAUAUGUAAAAAAGAAUAUUAAAGAAAAUAACGACGAAAACAUAGGAAAGCUAAUUAAAGAACUUGGUUGUCAUCCUUUUGCAAUUACUCAGGCAAUAAAAUAUAUAAACAUGCAUGCAGUUUUAAUAGAAAGUUACCUGAGUCGAUAUAAAUCGAAGCCGUUAGAGAUACUUGACAUGGAUAAUUUUCCAACAGAAGCAGAAACAAAGUCUGUUAUAAAAGCUAUCAACUUAGUUAUAAUAAAGUUAGAAAAAAGUAAAAAAACUGUACCAUUACAAAUAUUAAGUUGCUUAUCUCAUUGCAAUAGUCAAAAUAUAAGUAAAUUAUUUAUAAUGCAAAUUUCAAAACAUAUGAAAAUAAACGAAGAAUACUUGAUAGAUGAAGCCAUUGAAUUGUUAAGGAGUUAUUCUUUACUUGAUCGUUUUGAUGAUGAAAUUUAUUCAAUGCACGAUCUAACACAACUCUCGUGUAGAUAUUUUCAAAGUAAAAAUUUAAGUACAAAUACUUAUCUUGACAUCGUCGAAAGUUAUUUUAAACUUAUGUUGGAGGAAACAAAUUACCACGCUGAAUAUGGAAAUCAUUUUGUUUAUCAUUUUAUCCACACGUUUUACAUUAACAGAAAAAGAAUGUCAAAAACUUUUUAUGAUAUGGCAAGUUCUAUUGAAAAGUUUUUAGUAAAUAAAGGUUUAAAUAAGGAAGCAAUCGAAAUAUUAGAAGGUAUUAAAAAUUAUAACGCAGAAAUCUAUGGAGAAAAACAUAAAACUACGCUUAAAACGAAAGACAGUAUUGCAUGCUGUUUGUUUAAUUUAAAAAAGUAUAACGAAGCUUUAGAAAUUUAUUAUUCUAAAGAAAAAGUGGAAAGUGAAGUUUUAGGUAUCAGCCACGUUGAAACACUUAAAACAAAAAGUAAUAUUGCAGUCUGUUUGUGUCAAUUAAAAAAAUACGAUGAAGUUUUAAAAAUUUAUGGUUCUGUUUUAGACACAGCAAGUUUGAAUGUCAAUCAUCCGUUUACAUUGACAACAAUGAAUAAUAUUGCGAUUUGUCUAGUGGAAAUCGGAAAAUAUAACGAAGCAUUAGAAAUUUUAAAUUCGGUUGAUAAAAGCCAAACUGAUAUUUUAGGUGACAACCAUCCAAAUGCAAUCGCAACAAAAAAUAAUAUUGCACACUGUUUGAUUCAUUUGGGAAAAUUUAACGAAGGUUUACAAAUUCUUAAUUCUAUUAUGAAAAGCCAAAUUGAAAAUUUUGGUACGAACCAUCCAUCUACAAUCGUAACAAAACGCAACAUUGUAAAUUGCUUGCUUUGCAUGGAAAAAUACAAAGAAGCGUUGGAACUUUUUUAUUCUAUUGAAAAAAUUGAAAAUAAACUUUUUGGUUUAAACCAUUCAGAUGCAGCAGGAACAAAAUUUCUUAUAGAACUAAUUGAAAGUAAGAUUGAGCAGUUAGGGGAAUAAUUAAGCAUUUGAUUACUAGUAUAGAUUAAAUUUAUUAAUAAAGUAA